UAUGAUUUAUAAUUGCAAUAGCUUGAUGAGAGCUAGUGUGAGUAUAUGUAUGUUACCUGGGAACUACACCCCUAGCUUGUAGUGUUGACAGAGGGCACUCUCCCACUGCCUCUUGUGUGGGCAACUAGAGAUGUAUAUGCAUGGAAGCAUCCUGUCUGCUCAAAGAUCUGGAGAGAUCUAGGCCUAUGUGAAGGGCUGUCAGCAGAAAGGAAAUGCUACAAACAAACAAACUAUGGAAAGUGCUCAUUAAAUUUUGAGGUUGGAUCUAAGAAGAGCAAAUAAUUCAGUUAGUUUGGACAUUGUCGGGAACAGAGAUCCAAAAUCUUUCCAUAAACCACACAGAACUCCCGGUCUGUGGUGAUCUGACUGUGAAUGAUGCUACCUGCUGUACUGAGUUUAGUGUAGAAUAACAGUUGGAGAGCAAGGAAGGAUGGGCCUUCAUAAUUUUUUCCUCCCGGUUGAUCUAAUUUAAUUCCUUGUUCCUAGGAGCAUUAUUGGGGCUCUCACUUAUGCUGAAUGGAAGGGACAUUGGCAGCGCCUUGGCUGACACUGUGAAUAACCAUAAAUGGGGGAUCAUUCUCACGAUCUGUGGGGUUGUCCUAAUGGACUUUAGUGCAGAUUCGGCAGACAAUCCCAGUCAUGCCUACAUGAUGGAUGUGUGUAGCCCAGUGGAUCAAGACAGGGGGCUUAACAUCCAUGCUUUGUUAGCAGGUCUUGGAGGUGGCUUUGGUUAUGUUGUUGGAGGAAUAAAUUGGGAUAAAAUCAGUUUUGGAAGAGCUGUGGGAGGGCAGCUCCGUGUCAUCUAUGUCUUCACAGCAAUAAUAUUGACUAUCACUACUGUCUUGACUCUAAUUAGCAUUCCAGAAAGACCACUGCAGUCUUUUAGCAAGAAGAAAAAAGUGAUGAAGAGUCCAAGUCUUCCUCUUCCUCCUUCUCCACCUCUUUUGUUUGAGGAAGGUGUAAAUGAAAAUCUCAGUUUUACAAGUCCAAUUUCCCCUCUCAGCCCACUCACACCUAAAUAUGGCAGUUUUAACAGCAGAGACAACUCCUUGACAGGAAUUAAUGAAUUUGCAUCAUCAUUUGGGACCUCAAAUAUUGACAGCGUACUCAUAGACUGCUUCACAGGAGGGUAUGAUGGCUAUUUAGCAAUCCCAGCUAGCUUGCCCAGACAGGCAAUCAGUGUCAGCUUUCCCAGGGUGCCAGAAGGCUUUUACUGUCAAGAAAAUGGAAUCCUGGACCAAGGGGAGAAUUCUGUAAAUCCAGGGCCAGAUGGAGAUGCACUAAGGGUGGGUUCACUGGAUGCAAUAAAGCCACGAUCAAUAGGGAUUCUGAAAAGGCCUCAGACCUUGGCCAUUCCAGAUGUUGUCACAGGAUAUUGUCCAGAAAGUAGCAAGAGAAGAAACGUAACCUUCAGCCAACAGGUUGCUAAUAUUUUGCUGAAUGGUGUGAAGUAUGAGAGUGAGUUGAAUGGAUCAGGUGAGAUGUCUGAGCAAUCACUUUCCAUGAAACUUCUUUGUUCAACCAUCUGCCACAUGCCCAAGACUCUGCGUAACCUCUGCAUCAACCACUUCCUAGGUUGGCUUUCGUUUGAGGGAAUGUUGCUGUUCUACACAGACUUCAUGGGAGAAGUGGUGUUUCAAGGCAAUCCUAAAGCCCCUCACAACUCUGAUGAAUAUCAAAAAUACAAUGCUGGGGUCACCAUGGGCUGUUGGGGAAUGUGUAUCUAUGCAUUCAGUGCUGCAUUCUAUUCAGCCGCACUAGAAAAACUGGAAGAAUACUUCAGUAUUCGCACCCUGUAUUUCAUAGCAUACCUUGCUUUUGGACUUGGUACAGGCCUGGCUACACUCUCCAGAAAUAUCUAUGUGAUUUUAUCUCUAUGCAUAACUUAUGGUAUUCUGUUUUCAACACUCUGCACACUCCCUUAUUCUCUGUUGUGUGAUUACUACCAGAGUAAAAAGUUCGCAGGAUCGACUAUCGAUGGUACCAAGAGGGGGAUGGGCGUGGAUAUCUCUCUCCUGAGCUGCCAGUAUUUCCUAGCUCAGCUUCUCGUUUCUGUCGUGAUGGGACCCAUCACUUCCAUGGUGGGCAGCGCUAACGGGGUGAUGUAUUUUGCCAGCCUCGUGUCUUUCAUUGGCUGUUUGUUUUCCUCCCUGUGUGUCAUAUACGAGAUCCCAGCCAACGAGGAGCUGGCGGAGGAACAGCAGCCGCUGGUGCUGAGCGCGUGAAGGGCGGGAUCCGCCCGCGGCGAGGGGCCGGGGCCGGGCGGGGAAGAGGCACUAAUCGUGCGAGACACGUUACAAUAAAAGCAACUCAGACGAACGGUGCUUGUGCCUCCGUAUCCCUCCAGGCGGCAGGCAGGGCCGGCUCCA